CUAGGAUCGCGCGAGACUUGAAAAAGGAUACCGAAAAAGACAGCCAAGGGCAAGGCAACCAAAGCCUUUUUACAAAAAUGUCUAAGAAACGUGGACUCAGUUUGGAGGAAAAGAGGCUGAGGAUGCAAGAGAUAUUUUUUGAAAAGAAAGGUGUAUUCCAGCUGAAAGAAAUUGAGAAAAUAGCACCUAAGGAAAAGGGUAUAACCCCUAUGGCAGUUAAAGAUGUACUCCAAAGCCUUGUAGAUGAUGGAUUGGUGGACUCUGAUAGGAUAGGAACGUCAAAUUACUUCUGGGCCUUCCCGAGUAAGGCUAGCCAAGUGAGAAAGAGGAAAAUUCAAGAUCUUACUAAAGCCCUGGAUGAAAGUGAAAAGAAGCGGAUAUCCCUGGAGAAAACUGCAGCCAAGUCAACAGUGGGCAAAGAGGAAUCUGAUGAAAGGGCAGAACUUCUUAAGGUCUUGUCAGAAAAGGAGACAGAAAAUAACAGGUUAGAUGCUGAGCUAGAGCGCUUUAGAGAAUGUGACCCAGAAGUAAUUGAGGAGGUCAAGGCAGAAACAUUGGUUGCCAAGGAAGCAACAAACAGAUGGACAGACAAUGUAUUCUCCAUCAAGUCAUGGUGUAAGAAGAAGUUCUGCUUGGAGGAGAAAUUGCUGGACAAACAGUUUGGAAUUCCUGAAGACUUUGACUACAUUGACUGAGUGUGAUCAUAAUCAGCAGAUGGCAAUGAAGAAAACAAUACCAAAAUCAUUUCAGAAUCUCUGAGAGGUGUGAAUGUCAGCAGGUCAGUGGAGUAUUCAUGCCAAGUGUGCCGGAAUGACGAACGUUAGUUUGGACCCAGAUUUGGUAUUAUGUUUACCAGGUGAAUAUGCACUACCAAAACAUGUUAGAAUAUAGAGAUAUUCAGGAAUAUGUACGGACUACAUGUAUCAUUGCUGUGUUGCCAGUUGAUCUCGUCUGUUCUUAAAUACAUGCAACAGACAUUUGUUUUGAAUCUGUUUGAUAUGAUAUGUACAUGUACCAUGUAACAAAUUUCAAUCGAAGCAAUUUAUACCAGCCCUUGCCUUUUCAAGGAAAUUUUUUGAAAUAUCGGAGUGAUAGCACUGAUAGUAAUUUCAAAGGAAGGAAGGCAGCGGAGGUGGGCCUCAUCACCAUUGGCUUAUCCAAGCAACGGUUUAAAAUCUCAAGGAACUGUGGACCAAGUGUCAUCAUAUAUCUAGUUGAUUAUGCCACUUUCUAUCUACUUGAUUAUUUCAGGGAUGAUCAAAGGUCUGAACAUCAUCGAGAAUUCAACAUUCCAUACAUAAUCAAUAAUGUUUCCUAUUACGAGUAAGUUUUGAAAAGUGGCGUCCGUUACUUUCUCCAUACAUGUAGGGGAAGGCGGGGUAAGUUGAGCAUAGGGGCACGUUGAGCCACCAGCCCCAGGCCAAUAAUGAAUGA